UCUCCAUGGCUCCGCUGGAAGCAGCAGGGAGGCUGUACGGAAGCCGGGAAAGGCCAGACAACAGCAGUGAUGGAGGGGGUGACGGUGGGCCAGGUCUUCGAUGCGGAGUGUAUCCUCAGUAAGCGGCAGAGAAAGGGGAAAUUCGAGUAUCUGGUGAAGUGGAGAGGCUGGUCCUCCAAGCAUAACAGCUGGGAGCCCGAGGAGAACAUUCUGGACCCGAGGCUGCUGGCGGCGUUUCAUAAGAGGGAACAGGAACGGGAACUUCUGUUUCAGAAGAAAGGGAAGCGUCCCAGAGGACGGCCCCGGAAGAUUCUGCCUCCUCCUACUGCCACCAAGGACAGCCGUUCCUCCUCCUCCUCCUCCUCCUCCGGCCUCUCGUCUGAGCCCUCCUCUUCCUCAGAGGAUGAAGACCACAUCAAGAAGUCCAAGCCGAGUCCCCGGGUCCACCCCGUCCCCCAGAAGAGGCCUCAGAUCCUGUUGGCCAAGCCUGAUCCGCCCCGGAAGAAAAAGCGAGGGAGGAAGCCGCUGCACCCGGACCUGAAGGCUCUACGGCAGGGGAAGAGCCUUCCUCCUCCUCCUCCUCCUCCACGCCAUCACCAGCCAAUCAGGUCGCCCAGAGACGACCUGCGGCCCGGCGUGAAGAAGCCUCUGCAGCCGGCCAGUUUCACCUACCCUGGGCUCAGUCGGAGCUCCAGAGAGGAAGGAAGCUCCUCCUCCUUCUCUCAGAGCUCCGCCUCCAAACCCGGAUCCCUCAGCUGCAUCUGGACCGGCCGCUCCGUCUCUUCCUCGUCCUCCUCCUCUUCCUCUCACAACAAAGGCGGCGCGUCGCAGAAGCCCUCCGAGCUCCGACGCUCCUUCUCAGAAACGGGGAGCAGCAGAGCGGAGGCCUUUAAAGCGUCUCCUGUGAAAUCUGCCGGCGGUUUGGCGCCCUCUGGUCUGCACAGCAGCUUCGGAGGACAUCCAAUCGCAGCACAGCGCCCCCAGCUGGCCCACAGGAGGCAGGACGGUCAGACGGGCCCUGUUCAACACAAGCAGAACUCCGGUUUCUCCAAACAGAACCCGUCUACCAAAGAGCGACCCAGCCAGGCGCUGAACCUACGAGCGCUCAACCUACAGAGCGUCGGCAAGCUGCCGGCCGCCGGCAACCUGCAGGGCGGCGCCGCGGCCGGAGGGCAGCGCUCUGGGCCGGCGCUGGAGUCUGGGCGGAGCAGGACGCAGCCGUCCGCGGCCGGCAGACAAGAGGAGCGCAAACACGGGCUGAGCCUGACCGAGCUCAGCACCGGGGAUUCCGACGACACCAGCAGCAGCGAGUCGGAACACGACGCCCCGUCGCUGCCUGACGACAGCAGGCCUGGCGUCGGCGGCAACGCCACCGAGUCGGACACAGAAACGGACUGGAGGCCGGCCCGCAGCCUCAUGGAGCACGUCUUUGUGACGGACGUCACGGCCAACUUCAUCACGGUGACGGUGAAGGAGUCUCCAACCAGCGUCGGGUUCUUCAGCUCCCGCAAUCACUGACGGAGCCAAGAGGUCCUCGCUCAGCGCCGGGUUCUGUCAGCAGAACCGCUGUUGGAUCUCCGCAGCGAAGAUGAACCCUGAAACCUACUGGUGUUAGUCAGACCGCAGGACGCCGCCGCUCACCGAGGCUUGGUGGGUUUCUGUUGGACCUACGCAGCUGGAGGUUCUGGUUCCUGACGUGCUGCAGCUGCAGGACGUUUGAUCAGGAGAGGAAAGAAGAGGCUCCAGCUCCGCCGAUGGUUCUGCUCAGCUGGGUUCCCACCUAAUCCCUGUGGACACACUAACGGCUGUCUGGGUCGGAUCCGUCCGUGGGCGUUCUCUCUGACCCGUUGGGUGUUGGACAGUUAUCGGGUUUCACCAGCAAGUGGAGCAGUUUUCCAGACGUACUUCCUGAUUCAUUCCAGCCGGUUUUUGUUGAGAAUCUGCAGCUCAGUGAACAGAACGUGUCGGUAAACGGUUCAUUAGUCUCGUCUCUGCAGGUCGCCCUGCUCUGACGUUUGCUUUGUGAACAGGAGCUGCAGUGAACGGUUCACUAACGCCGCUCUGCAGCCUCCAGGUCCGUUCACCGCUUCACCAACUUAUUUUAGUAUUUUAUCUGAAUCAUGACGAUAAUCUGUCUUAAUAAUCCUUAAAGCUCAUUUUAAUGUAUUCAUAUCUGGUUAUUCUGAUUUAUUCUGGUGCUGUUGACCCAUUCUGAUGAUGGAUGGAGAAAUAAGAUCAGCUUUGCUUCCAGAAAGCUGAUCUUUAUCCAUCCUG